AUGACGAACUCCAUCGAUAACGCCUCUAUCAAGAAUGCACUGAAGGACUCCGACUACGGAGUAGUCCUCAGAAUGACAGAAAAUAGCGCGUUCAACGAAGCCGCUAUCCUGACCCCCGCGUACUCCCAAGCGAUCGACGAAAUCCUUGGUGACCAAGACGCCAGAACUGCAGCGAGUACCUCCCUCACCGUCUGCAUUAUACGAACCACGAAGCUGCUGGAAGAUGUAGCCAAUCGUGUUGACCUAGAUGAAGCAACUCGUAGACUUGCUAUACUUCAUCUGCAACGGCGGAUCAGAAACUUCGCGCUUCACUUACUCCCCCUCGACUUCUCCGAUACCACAGACCUCGCGAUAAAGAAAGUCGAAGCGAAGCCCGUUAUAGAAGAACCCGCACCACGCUCUGCAGGCGCUGCGGAGGAUACGGACAUCAGACCUGACCAUCUGUCGGUCCACUGCCCGCGACUCAACGGACGCAUCGUACUCCAAGAGUUUAGCGAUGAAGAGAAGUUUUUCGAAGCUCUCUUAGAUUGGGAGCACAACCACAAGGCACUUGCGGAUCUAGAACUUCGGCAUCCCACCGAACUUUCCCUUGCCUCCGAAACUCCCUCCGCACCUUCUACAUCCACGAUAGCAAUUCCUGCACUACCCGCCGCUACGAUGGAAGAAGAUGUUUGA